UACAGGUGACCGUCCAGUCCAGAACAUUGCAUUUGAAUACAGCAGAAUAUUUCCAAGGACCAUUGCGAGAAAAUCACUUUGCCGCUAUGUAAAGAUAUGGGAUAUAAUGAAACUCAAAUGCCAAAUAUAUUAAACUUCACAACCCAAGAGGAGGCUGGGUUAGAACUGCACCAGUUUCUGCCUCUUGUAAGGACGGAAUGCAGCCCUGCAAUACAGCUAUUUCUUUGUGUGGUUUAUGCUCCACCGUGCACACGACUGAUAACAGCCAUUCCACCAUGCAAGGAGUUAUGCGAACAAGCCAGGAAAGGCUGUGAAGAAUUGAUGAACAAAUUUGGAUUUAAUUGGCCAGACCAGCUGUCAUGUGAACAUUUUCCAAGUAAAAUUAACCAACCAGUCUGUGUCGUUGGCAAUGCUACGCAGAGCACUACGACUGAAUCCGCCACAACCAUCACUACACCUACAGGUAUUACUACAACCAGUGCCCCGAUUAAAGUUACUAGUACGCUUGACUGUGGAAAAACAGAUGUCUCCAGCUUCAAAUGGAAGUGCGAUUCAUGCAGACGGAAAUGGCGUAAAAAGUUGGUGAGAUCAGUGUUUAGAAAGCAUCUCCACAAAUGCACUGGAUGUUGCGCAAUGGAAGAGAACAUCAGUAGAAGUGGGACGAAGUGUGAAUCAUGUGUCAAAGAUAGGAGGGGAUUUGUGUGUUUUAAAUGUAAAAAGCAGAAACUCAAUGUAUCUACAACCUAACGUACAUGUGCGAUAGUAUCCACGCCUCUAGAGAUGAUCUGUUGAAUGCUACAUUUGUCUGCAAUCUAUGACAAAGACAACAACUACAUCGGAUCGAUAAGAGCUUGAUAUAAUGUAUAUAUAGAAUAAAAUGUACCCGGGAAAAUGUAUUAAAAUUGAAUAUGAUAUACUCGUAUAUAAUGUGUUAUCCCACCCUAAGUGCUUUAUA